GAUUUUGAACAACAAAAAGUGGGAGAAAAAAGAAUUUGGCGUGAAUGAGGGGGGGGGGGCAUCAUUGGAUUUAGUGAACCUUCAACAUCCAUCCAAUGAUAACAAGACAUAGUACAUCAUCGUAGAUCAUUUGUCUCAUUUGCACGCCUACUAUAUAUACUUCGAUUUCGUCUCUCCGCUUAUUCUGCUUCUGAUUGAAUACAAAUUACAAACUCUCUGCUCAGCCCCAGCGAUCUCAAUCUCUCAUUCUACAUCUUCCCGUUCAAAUCUCGGUGUAUUGUCACUAUUCAUGAAGCUUUCUCGUAAUAAGAUGGAUUGCAUUAGUCAGUUACCCGACUGCAUUUUGUCUCAUAUUUUGACAAUGUUACCCAUGAAAGAUCUGUUGAAAACCAGUAUACUGUCUAGAAGGUGGUGCAAGCUAUGGGCUUUAAGGAGAGAUCUCUACUUUGAUAUCCACAAUGUUCUUGGUAGCGAGAUGGAACUACUAGAAACUGGGGAUCUCAUUGAUCUCCCUAGAGAUUCUACUGUGGUUUGUUUUGCCGAUUUUGAUUUGAGUAGGGAUGAAUUUGUAAAUCGAGUAGACCGGUUUGUCAAGAAUUUUGAAGGCACAAAUAUUGAUUCUUUCGUAGUGAAUUUUUAUUUAGAUUGUGAACAAAGUAACAAUAUUGAUCAAUGGAUAAGUUUUGCGAUUGCAAGAGGAGUUGAAAGAAUCAAUCUACUUUUUCUAGGAAGGCCUUAUGCACAUCUCGGUCCUUCACGCAAACGUUACGAGUUUUCCUUUUUUUUUAUUUUCGAAGACUAAUGCUUCAACUCUAAAGCAUCUACAUCUACAAAAUUGUCUAGUUUACAAUAUCACCAACUGUGACUUUAUUCUGUUCAAAAAUUUGAGAUCACUUACACUUGGAAGUACUAAAGUGGAUGAACUGUUUAUUACAAGUCUGGUGUCUAAUUUAGGAUUACUUGAUGAGCUUCACUUAAUAUAUUGUGAGUUCAAAUCAUCAAUGCCAAAGAUAGUGAGUUCAUCCUUGUGUUAUCUUGAAGUUAAAAACUGCCAUGUCGUAUCCAACAACAUCAAAAAGGGUGUAAACCUUUGUUCACUAGAUUGCCUUAAACUCACUUCAUUGGAGUACUUUGGUCCUGGUUUGGAGACCUUUUACAUUAAUACCCCUAUGUUAAAGAGAAUUCAUAUACCGGUUAUAUCUGACGAAUAUGUUAAUGCAUUUGCACUCUUGUCAACUCUUACUGAACUUGAUAUUCUGCAAUUGGACAUCUAUUCAAUGGUCAAACCUUUGGUAAAAAUGACUCAACCACUCAGACAUCUUAAACAAUUGAACUUCAUCAUACAGUGGUCGCACUGGGACUUCUUAAGUGAAAUGGAGUUUGAUCUUUUGUGGAUUCUCAACAUCCUUCAAACUUUUCCUCAAUUGCAGAAACUUUCAAUCAUGCUCACAUAUCCAAAGAUAAUUAAAAAACAAAAAGUUGUCAAAGAUGUUGAAAUAUGCUCUCAUGACGAGAUCAGAGUUAUUGAAUUGGGAGGCUGUGUUGGCAAUUGGUAUGAAAUUGAGUUUGUAAUGAAUGCUCUGAAAUAUGCCCAGAAACAUGAGCGAAUAGUUUUGAGUCCUUAUCGUCGAGAACACGACUCGGUGGAUUGGAAAUCUGAUCCUCCUGUGUGGUCUCAAAAUGGGUGUCAAAGGAUUAGACAAAAGCUUCAAAGUGAAGAUGUAGUUGGACGAGAAAAAGUUGUGUUUGUAUAAGAGUAUAUAAUUUUUUUCCUUUGUGGGUUGAGAUGAUUGAUAGAUUAAUAUUUAUAUGUAAUGAUAUUUGAAAAAACAUUUUUGCUACA